UUCUUCGGAAAACUUUUUAUACUUCCACCUUACAAAAAUGAACCUACUCGUAUUGUAGUUACGGUAAUGAACCUACUCGUAUUGUAGUUACGGUUGAAAUCAUUUAGCUUUCCUCGUAGUUGUAGAUGGCCUUGAGGACCAGGACAGAAAGGGAAAGUCAAUUUUGAGAAGUAAGAGUAACAAAUUAUGAUGAAAGUAGGAAGCUGUACCUGUAGCCUUUCGCUUGUGUAGGUUUUUGUUGCUGUCGAUGUUCUGCCACCAGUACCACGAGGAUGACCGGUGAGAUUAAUAUACUGAGUGAUAACGGGAUGAGAGAUUGGGGAGCCUGCCAUGAGCGAGAUGAAGAGGUGAAUAUCGAAUUUUAGUUCAUUUGGAUUUGGAAAGCAGGCUUUUGUAAAUGGUACCCUCCUUCACUCUUUCCCGCGUAGAUGCAUCUAUCGACACUUGUUCACAGUCAUUGUCAAUUUUGCGUUAAAACACCAAAAUUUAUCUCGUGAAAAGGUCACAAGGACCGAGACACCUUCAUCAGAAUUUUGCCACACUCCAAUUUCAUAGGGCGAUUGAUUCAAAUAUCUCGAAAUUUUUAAGGUGUGUUGUCCUGGACACUUCUGUUCAUCACUGCAGUGUUAACAGAGGGACUAACGGACAAGAACACCAGUACAAGUUACUUACUCCAGGAGGUCAUAAAUUCAAAAAGUUGAAAACGACUUUAUAUCCUAAAUUGAAAAAUAGACAAAAAUAGCAAGAGCUUCAUUACAAAUCGAAGUAUAUUACCCCACCAUUGGAACAACCUUGACGGCGACAAGAUGCCACAACCAGUAGCAAGUGCGGUUCCGCACGAGGACGCCGACGCGGCGCUUAAAAAAACCACACAGCAAGCCUUCAUCGACACAGAAGAAAAAUAUGGAGCACACAACUACCAUCCGUUGCCGGUGGUUUUGGAGAGAGGUAUCGAUAUUAUGGCCUCAAGCAAGUGCUUAGGACUAAAAUGUUAAUCUCACGAAAGAACAUCAACAUGGUCCAUCGAUCAAAGAAAACUACCCCCAACUGACCAGGCGAGCGCUGUUACAUGUGGGAUACAGACGGGAAAAAAUACUUUGACUUCCUCGCGGCAUAUUCAGCUGUGAACCAGGGUCAUUGCCAUCCACAUAUUGUCAAAGCUAUGACACAGCAAUGCCAGAAGCUCACCUUGACGUCGAGGGCGUUUCAUAACAACGUAUCUAUAGAAUUUUAAUUUGUGCUUGAUGUGCAUUUGUUUGGUUCUGGUGCACUCUCCUCACCGAUACGGCUGUUCGAAAUUACUUGGAACGCGACUGAAUUCGUGGGCAUCAAAUCAGCAUCAUCGCUUCUCAUCUCAGGUCUACGCCGGCUACACGAAAUUUAUCACCGAUUUUUUCGGGUAUGACAAAGUCCUUCCCAUGAACACCGGUGUAGAAGGCACAGAAACAGCUGUGAAGCUAAUGAGAAAGUGGGGUUAUGACAAGAGAGGAGUUGAAGAAAAUAUGGCAACGAUAGUUUUUGCCCACAACAAUUUCUGGGGACGGUCGGUGUGCGCAGUUUCAACAAGUACAGAUCCGGAUUGCUACAAAGGGUAACAAUUACUUUAAUGACUGCAAAGUACUUUUCGCAGUAGUGCAUGUUGAUGUAGUUCGCACGACGAGCGCACACCACUCAGAAAGAUUUUGUUCGUUUGAGAAGAUAUUGCGCCCUUUGGUCUUCCACGGUCCACCUCAUUAUCGCAAAAGUCAAUGCAUUCACCUCUCCUCUUUCUUCCCAUCCAACCUUAGAUUCGGCCCAUACGCUCCGGGCUUUCAUCUCAUCCCCUACAACGACAUUCCGGCAUUAGAAAAGGCGUUUGCCUCAGAUCCGAACAUCGUAGGCGUCUGCUAUGAACCAAUACAAGGAGAGGCAGGAAUCAUAUGUCCAGAUGAAGACUUCUUUCCGAAGGUAGCUGCACUAUGUAAAGAGCAUAAUGCCUUGUUGUGCUGUGACGAGAUUCAGACGGGACUCUGCAGAACGGGAAAGAUGCUGUGCAGUGAGCAUUAUGGUACUUCCCUAUUCUCAGUGGACUGAUUGUACGAGCUGCUCGAAGAAAAGGUCCCGGUGUGACUUUUUACAGCCACUGAAUCAGUCCGACAUUUUACUAGAACCAACCGUGUUGGGUAAGUAUCUCAUCAUCAUCAUCAUCAUCAUCAUCACGAAACACUAGGUAUUCGCCCCGACAUUGUAGUCCUCGGAAAAGCGCUCUCCGGUGGCAUGUAUCCAGUGUCCGCAGUUCUCUGCGAUGACGAUAUCAUGCUCAAUAUCAAGCCUGGACAACAUGGGAGUACAUAGUAUGGCUGAAAUUUUGUGGUCUUUGUUGUUAGUUCUUAAAGUUGAAGCACCCACAUGCAAUUAGGUGCUUCGGGGUCUUCCGUACUACAGAAAGAACUUGUAUUAUCUGAUCGCAUGAUGAUACCUUCUUUACACACUGAAGAUUCUACAGAAAAAAUAACGACUAGGUGUUGUUUUUUCAACCUCUAAGCCAUCGGCGGCAAUCCGCUUGGCUGUGCCGUAGCAAAAGCAGCUUUGGAGGUUUUGCGCGACGAGAAGAUGGCUGACCACGCACAGGCGAUGGGCGAAGUCUUCCGAAAGGAGUUGAAAGCCUUUGAAUACAAUUAUGAAUUGGCUGUGACAGAUGAUUUACUUCAAUCAUGAGUAUUUUGUGGUGUAAUAUGGAACCCUACAGCUUGCAUGUGAAAGCAGAAUACAGAGGAUAGAGAUCCUCAAAGAAAAACUGUUUUUUUAUUUCUCUCAUCAUUCAGUGUGCUUCUUAUGCAAAUUAUGUAGAUCAUGACACGUUGAUUUUUCCAAGGAUGACACAAGGUUCCACUCACUCCUGGUCAUCAGCAUUACGAUUACAGUAUAGUAUUACGCGGUAUAGUAUAGGUGAAAUAGCCUCGAUGUGCGUUCUUUCCUCCGAACUCUAAUGUCCAUGGAUCAAGGAUGUUCGCGGCAAGGGCCUGCUGAAUGCGCUUGAAGUCGACCCGGCGUUUGCAGAGAAGGUCACGGCAUGGCAAGUGUGCAUGGGAAUGGCAGAGAAAGGUGCUUGAUUUUAUGGUUGUUAUACCGGUGUUAGAUUGGCUCAAGCUAUGCAGGCAGAUUAGACAGGAUACCGGAAGCAUUAGCGCGCUGAGCGUACUCGAAUGAAAAACUCAGACAGAAUUGCGCUCCACAUGAUAUCCGUCUAAGAUCUAUAGCACCUUUUCCGAACAAAAUAGAAAUUGAGGCCCUUGUUGUAAAACUGAUAGAUUUUUGCUAGUUCGGCUAGUCCCGAGUCAAUCACUUCCGAAAAGAAAGACUCAAAUGCCAAAGGGAUUGCUCAUGGUGCGCGCCGUGACAAAUCUCCAUGUAUAGAAUGGACAGGCCCUCAAAUGGAAGGCCUCAAAUGCUAUUUAUCAUUCAUCCAGGUCUCCUCGCCAAGCCGACUCACGAGAAUAUCAUCCGCUUCGCCCCUCCGCUUUGCAUUACCCUCGAAGAACUGCACCAGGCCCUCGAAAUUAUCAAAAGCACGUUGGCAGAAUUCGACCAAAAAGUAUCGAAAAUGUAGUUUCAACAUAACAAUCAAAAGAUUUAGAUGAAUGGAUUACGAACGUGAGACAUGUUGGAACUAUUUCAUCUUUACAAAAGACAUGUUGUUACAUAGAGAUUCAAAACGGUUGGAAAAGAAUUGUCACGCGCACCAUGGGCUUCCAUAUGUUCAUAAUAAGUAGUCUGAUCUUCAAUGUUUGCUUAGAGCAAAUGUUCGUCCGAAUUAUUUUUAGGUAGAAACAAACGGAAAUAAAAUCUCGAAAAACAUCAUACAACAAGAUAUCACUUAGAUACACCACGAGGAGUUUCUCUGAGUUUUUAUAAAGUAUGUAUGCGUAGUCCGGAUGGACGAGGGCGAGCCCAAAGAAGUUUUCUUCGUAGGUCAAAAAGCGCAGUGCGCUAUCAAAUCCACCUAGUUGUAAUGCAAGGACCGUCGACAAGCUAUUUGAUUACCUCUGCUGAUUAAAGCAUAAGCAGAAGCACACCGACUUUGACUCGAGGGUCAUUGUACUAUAGUGAAGCACCAUCAUGCUGUACCCUACACGAGUAGCUACCCUAAACGAUGCCUGCUAAACCCCAAUUAUGAGAAGUGAGGAAUGCCAGGCAGUAACAGAUGAUGCGUGUGUCCCUUCAACACCAAACCUGAUUAUAGUUACAUCUUCUAGUCUUCGUGUAUCUAAAUGCGGAAUUUUUUUCAGCUCGAUGUGGCAUCAACCGACGGGUAUUCUGUGCAGACAAAACAGCGGAUCUUUUCAAUCAUGCGGGUCUCGUCUCUUCUUCAGACAGGCCCAGAACGUGUACAGGUUUGAAACAGUGAAUCUAAAGAUAAAGAGGCGAAGUACCCACAAAAA